AUGACAAAGUUAAACUGCGUUAAUCUUGAGAAAUUUCUGGAGGAGUUUUGUCAACUAGAACAGAACAUAACUGAAGGUAAUGGCAGAAACGGCAUGUUGGAGAUCAUGUUGGAGGAUGCUAAUAGACUGGUGAAGUUUUACCAGACAAAGGAGAAGAGCCUAAUUGAGGAAAAAGAUAGCCUUCUUCUCACAGUGAACAAACUGCAGCAGACUCUGCAGGAGCAGUGCAACCUCAGAGUGGAGAAUGAGAGACUCAAGAUUGACAUGGCAGAUCUGAAACAGCAGAAUGAGAGAACAGCAGAGGUUGGAAAGGCUGAAGUUCAGCGGCUGGUCAGAGAAAUGAGAGCAGAAGAAGGGAGACACAAGAGGGCGCUAGAGGAUCUAAGACAGCAGUGUGGCAGGGAGGCGGAGAAUGCCCACAGGGAGUAUUUUAGUCAGUUGGAGGCUAAAGAUGCUGAAUGUAAGAAGCUGCUGGAGAAAAAGGAUCUAGAUCUAGAGGACAUGAAGAAGAGACUAAAACAUCAGGAAAAGGAGAGUCAGAACGGGCUACUGAAGUUACAGAUGGAGUUUGGUGCAAAGUUAGCCAGAGUUCAGAGUUCAGCUCAGUGGAGCCAACAGCAGCAGCAGCAGCAGCAGCAACAUGGCCCCGGCCUUCCUCAGAGUGUCUUUAAAAGGAAGCUGCAGUUUUUCCAGGAGGAAAAGAACAAAGAGAUUUUUGCUCUGCGUCAGAGAAUCAAAGAGCUGGAAGAGAAUCAGCGUGCCAGCAGCAUCCUGGACAGCCGUCCAAAGAGAAGAAAGAUUUAAUUUGUUUAGAGGCUAACGAGCUGCUGACCUGCCAGUGGACGUGCAUGAUUCCCAUAGAGCAUUCUGAAAUUUCCAAUCUUACAUAUUUAACAGGACAUUUACUUGGUGCUUGUGCAGUGUGACUAGAUUUGAUUGCAGAUUCAGUGCUCUUCUUGCAGGUGACCAGUGUGAAGAAAGUACAAACACAUGCUGUAUUCCUGUCUAAGGAUUUAAUCCAAUUAGACGCCUACAGGGAAGGAUGGAGGGAGAGAGGAAGUGUAGAUGGAGUAGUGCGAUUGUGAAUGAAUUGGCUGAAAGGGCAGUCUGAUUCAAGGAUGUAAAUCUGUUUAUCUGUUUUCAUUCAAAGAAAUCAUUAAUAGUACUUAUUCCCCUUUUUUUCAAGGUUCAUGUAAUUCACACUGAGUUCUCUUUGUGUUCAUAUAGAUGCAGUCAAUCAGACAUUUUCUCUGUGGUUUAUUGU